AUGUCAUCUUUUUCUCCCGUCUUUAAUAGUAAUAUCUCUCCUAAAGGAACGCAAUUCCCGUUUUUCUCUUCAGAGAAACAGGAUGAAGCCGAUAUUGAAGAUUCGCGAUGUGAAUUACAUGGGCUUAUAAAAAAACGCGAGGAAUUGACGCAUACCUUAGAAAAUGAGCAGAAAACCAAUCCACCACAUAUAAGUGAUAAUAUAAUGAACAGAGAAGAAGAAAGUUUAUUAAGCGGAAAAGAAAACUAUGCUAACCAUAGGGAGAGACCUUUCCAAACAACUUCCGAUAAGUUAAAAAUUGAAGAAUUAUUACAGGCGUAUUCUAUAACAGGAAAAACGAUAUUUCAAGAUAAAGAAAAUCGAGUUGGGUUACGGCUUGAAACUUUCUUUAAAGGGAGAUUUUUAGAGCCCUAUUAUAUAUUUGUAGGAAAUGAACCAAAUACCGAAAAAUUGAUUGUUGUUAAGCACACGAUUCCAAGUUUUAUUCCAUUGAAGGAAUUAGAAACAGAGUACUUGAAUGAGAAUAUCGAUAAAUUUCUAGAAAUUGUGGAUGAUUAUCUACAAGCUUAUGUAACGCGACGAGAAGAGUUUUCCCUCGUGCACAAAAUCUUAGGAAAAAGUGAUGAUAAUGAUCUUGCGUCAAAUAAUGCUUGUAGUUUUUUUGAAUUUUGUGUUCAGACUGCGCAAGGCAUCAAUAUUAAAGUAAGCCUGACUUACGGCGAAUUAAAGUCCGCAAUACCAUCCAAAGUUGUUGUUCGUAAGGUACUAUCAGAAGAGCUAUCAGAAUCGCGAAAUUGUGUAGUUCGAAUGAGACAAAUUGAAAGUGAAUUCAAGAAAAGAAAUUUAUUGGAGGUUUUCGAUCUCUAUUUUCGUAAUAAGACUUGA